AUGCAGAAACACGCGCAGGAACAGCACGCGCCAUUACUGCCUCUAGAACACGCGCAGGAACAGCACGCGCCAUUACUGCCUCUAGAACACGCGCAGGAACAGCACGCGCCAUUACUGCCUCUAGAACACGCGCAGGAACAGCACGCGCCAUUACUGCCUCUAGAACACGCGCAGGAACAGCACGCGCCAUUACUGCCUCUAGAACACGCGCAGGAACAGCACGCGCCAUUACUGCCUCUAGAACACGCGCAGGAACAGCACGCGCCAUUACUGCCUCUAGAACACGCGCAGGAACAGCACGCGCCAUUACUGCCUCUAGAACACGCGCAGGAACAGCACGCGCCAUUACUGCCUCUAGAACACGCGCAGGAACAGCACGCGCCAUUACUGCCUCUAGAACACGCGCAGGAACAGCACGCGCCAUUACUGCCUCUAGAACACGCGCAGGAACAGCACGCGCCAUUACUGCCUCUAGAACACGCGCAGGAACAGCACGCGCCAUUACUGCCUCUAGAACACGCGCAGGAACAGCACGCGCCAUUACUGCCUCUAGAACACGCGCAGGAACAGCACGCGCCAUUACUGCCUCUAGAACACGCGCAGGAACAGCACGCGCCAUUACUGCCUCUAGAACACGCGCAGGAACAGCACGCGCCAUUACUGCCUCUAGAACACGCGCAGGAACAGCACGCGCCAUUACUGCCUCUAGAACACGCGCAGGAACAGCACGCGCCAUUACUGCCUCUAGAACACGCGCAGGAACAGCACGCGCCAUUACUGCCUCUAGAACACGCGCAGGAACAGCACGCGCCAUUACUGCCUCUAGAACACGCGCAGGAACAGCACGCGCCAUUACUGCCUCUAGAACACGCGCAGGAACAGCACGCGCCAUUACUGCCUCUAGAACACGCGCAGGAACAGCACGCGCCAUUACUGCCUCUAGAACACGCGCAGGAACAGCACGCGCCAUUACUGCCUCUAGAACACGCGCAGGAACAGCACGCGCCAUUACUGCCUCUAGAACACGCGCAGGAACAGCACGCGCCAUUACUGCCUCUAGAACACGCGCAGGAACAGCACGCGCCAUUACUGCCUCUAGAACACGCGCAGGAACAGCACGCGCCAUUACUGCCUCUAGAACACGCGCAGGAACAGCACGCGCCAUUACUGCCUCUAGAACACGCGCAGGAACAGCACGCGCCAUUACUGCCUCUAGAACACGCGCAGGAACAGCACGCGCCAUUACUGCCUCUAGAACACGCGCAGGAACAGCACGCGCCAUUACUGCCUCUAGAACACGCGCAGGAACAGCACGCGCCAUUACUGCCUCUAGAACACGCGCAGGAACAGCACGCGCCAUUACUGCCUCUAGAACACGCGCAGGAACAGCACGCGCCAUUACUGCCUCUAGAACACGCGCAGGAACAGCNCGAAAGGCAGUUAGAAUAUAUUAAUAAUUGCGGUUAA